CUGUCGUUAAUCUUACGCUUUCCCUAACCUUCAAACACAACACUUCCAAAUCUCUCACUUCAAAAUCAAAAAGCUUCAUCUCAAAAAUUAGGGUUUCAUUUUUCUUCAUUCUUCAAUUCAAACCUAAUUAGGGUUUCACAAAUUUCAAUUCAAUUAGGGUUUUCACGAAUUUCAGUCCCUCGAAAUCCCAAUUCAACUUCUCAAGCCCUAAUUUCUUCAAAUUGAAACCAAAGGUAGUGUCUUUACAACGUGAAUUCUCCGAUUCAGAUUCCAAUUUGAAGAAAAAAUCGAUUUUUCAGAAGAAAUCGAUUUUUGUUUCUAUGGAUUUCGACGGUGGUAAUAAGCGUGUUUACAAUCGUCUUGGUGGGUCAAACGGUGGUGAUUCAAAGAAUCAGAAAGUGUGUUUUCAAUGGCAAGCAGGAAAGUGUAAUCGUUAUCCAUGUCCUUUUCUGCAUAGUGAAUUACCUACUUCUAAUGGGAAUGGUGCUCCUUCUAAACGGGCUUAUGCUGAUAAUUCGAGUUUUUCUGGUAAUCGACGUGGUGGAUCGAGUUUUAAUUCGUGGGGGCCGGGGAGAGGUGGUGGACGUGGUCGCGGUGGGGGACGGGGUGGUGUAGGUGGUGGUGGUGGUAGGGGAGUUGUUGUGAAUGUUGAAAGAGUUUGUACUUAUUGGAUUCAAGGGAGUUGUAGUUAUGGAGAUAGGUGUAAGUUUCUUCACUCUUGGAAUGUUGGUGAUGGGUUUUCUUUGUUGACUCAGCUUGAAGGACAUAAGAAGGUUGUAAGUGGAAUUGCUAUGCCCUCUGGUUCGGAUAAGCUUUAUACUGGAAGUACUGAUGAGACUGUAAGGGUUUGGGACUGCCAGUCUGGACAGUGUAUAGCUGUGAUCAAUCUUGGCGGUGAAGUAGGUUGUAUGAUCAGUGAAGGUCCCUGGCUUUUUGUUGGCAUACCUAAUUUUGUUAAGGCUUGGAACACACAAAAUUCAAUGGAGAUAAGUCUAGAUGGUCCUGUUGGACAAGUUUAUGCACUUGUUGUGAUUAAUGAUAUGCUCUUUGCUGGUACACAGGAUGGAGCUAUAUUGGUAUGGAAAUUUAAUGUAGCUGCCAACUGUUUCGAGCCAGCUGCAUCACUUAAAGGUCAUACCCGUGGUGUUGUUUCGUUAGUUGUUGGAGCUAAUAGACUUUAUUCUGGUUCAAUGGACAAUACCGUCAGAGUGUGGAACCUUGAAACCUUGCAGUGUUUACAGACACUAACAGAGCACACGUCUGUGGUGAUGUCUGUUCUUUGCUGGGAUCAGUUCCUUAUAUCUUGCUCAUUAGACAAAACAGUAAAGGUGUGGUAUGCUACAGAAAGUGGAAAUUUGGAAGUGACGUAUACUCACACUGAAGAACAUGGUAUAAUCACCCUUUGUGGGAUGCAUGAUGCACAAGGCAAGCCCAUACUUCUAUGCUCUUGCAAUGACAACACUGUUCGCCUCUAUGAUCUGCCAUCAUUUGCAGAGAGAGGUAAGUUAUUCAACAAGCAAGAGGUGCGAGCAAUUCAGACUGGUCCUGGUAGCAUAUUCUUCACUGGUGAUGGAACCGGCCAAGUGAGAGUUUGGAAUUGGAUACCCGAACCGGCCACGUCCAAUAACGUCCAAUAAAUUGGGAGGCAUUUAUUAUAAUGUGCUCCGAUUAAUUGUUUUAGCAGUUUUUCGAUCUUCCUUUUUGUAAUUUUUUCUGCAAGAAGGGAAUUCAGGGUGAAGUAUGGAUUGCGGAGAGGAGAAUAAAUGCUAAAAUGAAACCUGGAUUUUCUUCAGCCGUCCAUCCUUUGCAGCCAUUCAUGCAGUAGGUGCAAUCCAAGUUCAGCGGCCGAGAUUUAACUGAGCAGGCUGUACACUGCAGAGGAUCCGGGCUAGAACUAAAAGGAAAUAUGUAAUCUAUGUUUACGGGAUUAGUCUUUUUUAGAAUGUGAGCUGUGGUUUUGGUGUUAAGCUGAGUAUCCUUGGCACUAAGCUUGCUUUAGUAGGCAUGCUAAUUAUAAUAUUGUAACAUUUUGGGAAUUCAUAACAUUAUAUAGCAUUUUAUGCUAUAGCAUUUUAUGCACCACAUCUUUUCAUGCGUAUAUAGAAAUAUAUAACAAAAUAAUUUCAGGUUA